GCGGGCGCCCUUCCUGGGUGCACACGUGGGUCGCCAGCCUGCAGGCCCCGCGCAAGUACGUCGCGGCAUGCCAUGUCUGCUGCCAAGGCUUCGUUCCGAAUGCGGUGCGGCUCGCGAGCCGGGCCAACCCUGACAGGCAUUUCUGGCACCCCGCGUGCAUUGCGGGCGGGAUUUCCUCGGGCAGCGUGGAAGGACUCGCGGCGCUGCCAGAGGAGGCGCGCACGGAGGUCCUCGCCUGCAUGGCGCCGCCGCCACGGACGGGCCCACCAGCCGCCGCCGACGCUCCGGACAACGACCUUCGGGCGCGACACGCUCUGGCGGCGGAGGCGGGCGAGCUCCCGGGAUUGGCCUGGCGGGCGAGCGUCGACCUGCAUGGUGCCUUGCGGGAGGCCGUGCCGACGUGGAGUGCAGCCCCGGCCAGCCUGACCACGGCAGUCGCCGACGUGCUCGCGGCGGCCCUGCGCACGGCCUGGGCAGGCGAGUGGGCAGCGCUGUGGGCAGCAACGGCGCGACCGGGAGAACCCGCCGCCGACCGCCAGACACACCGCAGCCCUGAGACACUAGCGCGCCGCACGCACGAGCUCAUCGUGCUUGGCGAGGUAGGCCGUGCCGCCGCGGCCGCCGCAGGGCCGAGCAAGCUGGCGACGGGGCCCGGCGUGGCCCGCGACCUCGCCGCCUUCUUCCUCGCAGCGCCGGCCGCUAGCGACCCGACCCGCCGCCGCCCUUCGCGGCGCCGCCUGCGCCGUGGGAGGCCGACGCCGCUGAGAAAGCAGGGGGCGCUCUUGGGAAGCACCCGCACCACUGGCCCCCGGCUGUCUGGCGCUCGUUUCGAGCACUGGGCGGCCCUACGCGGCCACGAAAAGGGAAAGCUCGCGCUGGCGCAGGUGCUCGUCCUUGCCCUCGAGGGCCAGGCUCCCGAGCAGGCCAUGCAG